CGCGGGGCUCUGGUGUCCGGUUAGGCCCAUGGCUGCUGUUUGUUUGUCGGUGGGAUCGAUCAGAAUGCUGCUGCUUUAGGAGGAGGAGCGCUGAAAAUGGCCGGGGAGGAUGAGCGAGGGGUCGUGCGAGUCAAAGUGAAGAAGUGUGACGGAGCGUUCCCGUUGGAGCUGCGUUCUUUCGCCGUGGAUCCUCAGAUCACCUCUCUGGAGGUUCUGCAGCACAUCCUCAUCAGAGCCUUCGACCUGAACGGGAAGCAUAACUUUGGCAUCAGUUACUUGUCUCGUGACCACGGCGCCGCUGAGGUUUACCUGUCGCUCUCCUCAGACUGGGACCUGGACGUGGCGUUCGUCAGCGCCGCCAAACCGUAUCUGCAGCUCAAGAUGGACGUCAAACCCGCAGAGGACAGUCCGGUGAUGGAGGACUGGGACAUCAUCAGCCCCAAAGACGUGAUGACCUCGGAGCAGCUGUUCGCCGACCGGACUCGCUCUCUGGCGUCUGCAGCUCUGCCCUUCACUCAGUCUCUGCUCUCACAGGUGGGUCGGACGCUGAGCCGGGUGCAGCAGGCCUUCAGCUGGUCCUACGGCGAGGAGAUCAAACCCUUUAAACCUCCUCUGAGCGACGCCGAGUUCCACUGGUACCUGAACAGCCAGGGCCAACUCAGCAAACCAGAAGAACUCCGACUGCGCAUCUACCACGGAGGAGUGGAGCCGUCACUGCGCAAGGUGGUGUGGAGGUACCUUCUGAACGUGUACCCCGACGGUCUGAGCGGUCAGGAGAGGAUGGACUACAUGAAGAGGAAGACCAGAGAGUACCACGAGCUGAAGAGCCAGUGCAGCUCCAGAGUGAGCCCCGAGGAGCUGGACUUCAUCAGGGGGAACGUGCUCAAAGACGUCCUGAGAACGGACCGGGCCCACGCCUACUACGCCGGCUCAGAGGACAGCCCCCACCUCAGCGCCCUCGCCAACCUGCUCACCACCUUCGCCAUCACGCACCCGCAGAUUUCCUACUGCCAGGGCAUGAGCGACAUCGCCUCGCCCAUCCUCGCCGUCAUGGACAACGAAGCUCACGCCUUCAUCUGCUUCUGUGGCAUCAUGAAGCGUCUGGAGGGAAACUUCCGCCCCGACGGGCAGCUCAUGUCCGUCAAGUUCCAGCACCUGAAGCUCCUGCUCCAGUACUCAGACCCUGAAUUCUACUCGUACCUGGUCUCCCGCGGGGCUGACGAUCUCUUCUUCUGCUACCGCUGGCUGCUGUUGGAGCUCAAGAGGGAGUUUGCCUUCGACGACGCCCUGAGGAUGCUGGAGAUCACCUGGAGCUCGCUGCCCCCCGACCCUCCAGAGACCGAGGUGGAGCUGUACGGGCCUCCCCUGGAGACGGACACGGCGCUGAACCUCACCAAGAGCGGAGUGAUCCUGGAGGACGAGUGCGGCCACGACAACCAGAAGGAGAGACAGCGCAGGAGACACAUGCUCAGACCCUCACGAGAAGAAACGACGCCCCCUUUGGUCACGGAGGAGCCGGAGCGGACGGGCGAGAACAGCGGCGCGAUAACCGCUCCGUCGGGACGCAAGAGCAGCUUUGGCGAGUUUAAGUACUACUCGGCGCGUAGCGAGGAAUGCUUCGACAUGGACGGCGUGGAGCUGCCUCAGGAGAACCACGAACACCAGUCCAGCGCGUGCAGCCGCCAGUCCACGGUGGAGAGCGAAGACGACCCCGGAGAGAAAACGCCGCUCAUCAAAACCACGGACGUCCCAGAUGAUUCGGCCGAGGUCAGAGACUCUAACAAAGACGACACGCUCAGAACUGUGGGGAGCGGCGGCGGCGGCGGCGGCGGCGGGACCAGCGCGGGCAUCAGAUCGACCUCCCCGUCACGCCCGCGCUCCCUCCUCUCCUCGCCGAUUCUCUCGUUCGGUAAAGGACACUUCGGUUGCCCGUCCAAACCGACCACGUUGUCAUCGCCCGGGAGCAAACCACAAACUGCCCCAGCCCCGAAAGUCGAGAGCCUGUGCGUGAAACCGUGCUCGCUUCCUCCGCCGCAGGAAUUCGGGAAAGGAAACCCGUUCAUGUUGUUCCUGUGUCUGUCCAUUCUUCUGGAGCACAGGGACCACAUCAUCAAAAACAGCCUGGACUACAACGAGCUCGCCAUGCACUUCGACCGCCUGGUGCGCCGACACAACCUGGGCCGCGUGCUGCAGCGGGCCAAAGCGCUGUUCGCCGACUACCUGCAGAGCGAGGUGUGGGACUCGGAGGAGGGGGACGAGGUCAGCUCCGACUCGCCCACCUCCGCCAACGGCGCCCCCCCGUGCCCGCCCGCCGCCGUGCCCGCCCAGCCCAUCUACAGCCCGCUCACGUCGCCCCGAGCGUCAUCGCCCAACUCCACCUAUAACCUGUCCACCACCGUCCCCUCGCCGUCCAUCCUCUCUCCCGCCGCGCCCUCGCCCACCGCCCCCUCGCCCACCGCCCCCUCGCCCAACGCCCCCUCGCCCACUGCCCCUCAGGUCACCCCCUCGCCCACUGCCCCUCAGGUCACCCUCUCGCCCACUUUCUGAGAAGUUUGACUCUGUUGAACUGGACUCGCCCCCAUGAGACGAGACACACGAAAUUGAAUCGAUUAUUUGUUUUUCUAAAAGUUGAAUUGUGUAACUUUUCUGGUGGAGGCUCCGUCAAACACUUUUCUCCAUGGACGUGUUGUUGCUUUGUCUGAAAUGUUCCACAGUACGGCAUUAAACCUGUUUAUCUUCGUAGAGACCAAACCAGACACAGUUCCAGGUCAGAUCUGUGGAGAGGCGACACCGCUCACAGUCACAACGUCUGUUUUUCUAGGUGUUUUCGAGCUGUAAAACCACCUGUAAUUGAAUAAAUGUAAAGUCGAGCUGUUUAAAGUCACACUGUGGGACAUUCCAGACAGAGCAGUGACGUCUCCAUAGAAACAAUGCAGGUUUAAAUAAAAUUAUAGCCCUUGUGAUCUUUAGUCUUUUGGAAAAUGUCCUUCUAGAACCGAGAGGAACAUUUCACUUUAGAAAGAAACAAAACAAAACAAGGACUAAAGUAAAGUUUUAGUAAAAGUCUAAAUACUAAAUGUUAAGAAAUCUGAGACUAAAGGGUCCAGAUCAGAACUGGACCAGGCCUAAACCAGAACAGAACCAGCAGACGCAGUUCCAGGUCAGAUCUGUGGAGAGGCGACUCUGCUUACAGCCAGAAUGUCUGUUUUUCUAGGUGUUUUUGAGUUAUAAAACCACCUGUAAAUUAAUAAAUGUAAAGUCGAGCUGUUUAAAGUCACACUGUGGGACAUUUCGGACAGAGCAGUGACAUCUCUAUAGAAAAAAGCAGGUGUCGGACCCCCAACCAGAAAGUUACACAGUGCAGCUUUAAAGAUUUUAUUGUCAAAUGUUUUGAAGUGAAGACAUUUCUCCGCUCAUCAGAACUUAAGAUUCCAAAGCGUUUUUACUUGAAGCUUUCACAGAAUCAAAGCUGUACUAUGUAACUUUUAGGUUUUCGGGGUCUGUUGUCUCUAUGGAUACGUCAUUGCUCCGCCUGGAAUAAUCCACAGUGUGACAUUAAACAGCUCGACUUUACAUUUAUUCAAUUACAGGUGGAUUUAUGUCUCAAAAAUCCCUCGAAAAACAGACACUGUGACUGUGACGGAGUCGCCUCUCCACAGAUCUGACCUGGACUCAGUCUGGUGUGGUCUCCAUGGAGAUAGAAAGGUUUAAUGCCAUACUGUGGAACAUUCCAGUCAAAGCAGCAUCAUCUCCAUGGAGAAAAGCGUUUGACGGAACCUCCACCAGAAAAGUUACACAGUGCAGCUUUAAACGACCCUUGGCUCUGGAGUCGUCGUGGCGACCGAGGGUCACAUCACACAGACGAUUUUUCGAGAGGUUUGUUUUAGUUUUUCACUGAUGAAAAAUGUUUUACGAUUUUGUCGUUUAUUUGAAGUUUUGCCUUUUGUUUAUUUUCACGAACAAAAUCAGAAUUAAGACGAGAAAGAAAAACAAGAAAACAGAAAAUCCUCGAGAGCCUUUGAUACUGACGCUCUGCAGCGACGUCACAUCAGGGGGGUUCUACAUGUAUGUGUAUCGGCGGAAUGUUCAGCAGUUACCAUGGAGACACAAUGCACACACUAGUAAACGUGGCCAAUGUAAUAGUCCAAUAAGAUUCAUUUGGUCUUCUGAUAUUCUAUGUUAUCAGGUUCUUUUUUUCAGACCUGGAGUGUUAUUUCAUACCUGACAGUUUGGACUGUUCACUGCAGGUGGCGCUGUCGUCCUGCCUCCACCGGUAGGAAGACGAUGCCAAAACCUGUUUAAAUUAGCCGACCAGACACGUCACAGCAACAUCACGUGACUCUGAGGAAGACCAAACUGUCAGGGAUGAAAUAACACUCCAGGUCUGAAAAAAAGAACCUAAUAACAUCGUGGCCAAUGUAAGUUUUAAGAUUGUCUGAAAGCAAAAAUACAAAGUGGAUUCAAAGAGCACAUUUCAUUUCCCUGUGGUCAGUGAGAGAGUUCAGUCGUGUUCAGGAGAUUUUCAACAAAAAAGUGAAACUCACUCAAAAACUGUGUGGCUGUAAUCUUAAGGCCUGUUCAUAUUCAGAAGAACAGAAAAACAAAGUUUGUUGGGGCUCUGACAUUUCAUACUUCAAAAGUUGUCCUGGUUCCAUAUUUGGGAAUUAUGGGAAUCUUUCUGAAAUUUUCUGUCAAAGAUCAAUGUAAUUAAUUGGAUAAACUGUCUGUCGCUCCCAUGUUGAAAUACGACGACGUCAUCACAUUCUAGAGUCUGAAAACCUCCAGCAGGACUCGUGUUGUUGUUGAUGUUUCUCUGUGUUUGAUGAAGAGUCCAGUCGCUGCAGGAGGUUUAUAUCGAGGGGAUUUCUUUUCGUCAUCCAGCCUUUUUUUUUUUUUUUGGUGACUCGCCUUUUGUCUUUCGCAAACUUGUCACAGAGUUUACUCCAGACUUUUCUACACUGAUUUUCAUCCGAACCUAAAAUGUCGUCAAUUUCCCUCCUUGAGUUUCUUCCAUUUGUCUCGUCGUGUCGUACAGAUGUUUGUAUUUUCUCACCGUUUCCUCCAGCUGUCACUCAAAACCAUCUUUUAAAAAAAAAUCUUGCUCUGCACCGGCGAGGAGCAGAUAAACCACGCCCACAUAAACAACCAAUCAGAGUGAAGAUGUGGGACAGAGCUGCAGAACUUCUGAACAAAGCACUGGUCAGAUGAGGCGUCGAGAACAAACCACAAGAACAAGAUCUGCCCAAGAGGAGCUGCACCAACAAAACGUCAAAGUUCUUAUGAAUUAUGAACAGGCCUUUAUUUGAGAGGUUCUUGUUUAACAGCACAAUGUCCACCUGCCGUCCGUUAAUGCCGCGUAACGCACAAGUAGUUCCGGUAACAGCCACAUCACUGUUCUGUAUCACUGCUCUGAGGCUGUCACCACGACAACACCAACAUCGAACUAACAUCAUUUAACACACUGAAAUACUCGAUGUUUUGGACGUUUACAGACACAGAAGAGGCUUUUCACCGUCACAGGAGACACAUUUCAGUUUGUCGCCGUGGUAACAGAGCAUUAAACAACCUGGAGCUGUGCGUUUUGCAGUUUUAACGCUCGUCACGGAGGAACUCGAGGACUCUGUGAUAAAACUGCAGAACGCACGGCUCCUCGUGAUUAAAUCCUCUCAGAUCCUCUCACCUGUCGGAGUUCAGAUCAGUCGGCUCUUUCUGGUCAGAUUCUGUUCAAAUAAACGUCAAAUUAAAGUCUAACAGAGCAUCAGACACAGCGGUGCUUUCUGUUAGCGUCACAUCCCCGGGGAACGUCGGCGACAUCGGCUGCAGAGUGUCAGUAUCUCCAAAUCCUGGGUUGCCGUAGUAACAAAUACAAACCUGGUCAGACUGCGGGUUAUUUCUCUCACGGAACGACUUGAGGUUUAAACUGGAGACGGAGCGAGUUUGAGAUUUCAGGAUUUCAGGAUCAGACUCGACUCGGAAAACUCCACAGUCACUCUUUAAAUAAACCGAUAAUAAACAAAAAACACCGAAAAUAAUCCAACAUUUUUCUCACAUUUGUAAAAGCCAAAACAUCUGAACAGAAUUCAAUCAACAAAUCAUAAAAACAUAAUAAACAUUUAAAUGUAAAAUUAUUAUUCCUUUGUAAAUCUAUGAAAGAAUUUUAGAAUUUAAUAUAAUAAUUCUAUAAAGUUAAUUUAAUAUAAUUCCAGAGGACGACGGGUUUGCAGACGUUUGUUUUUCAUUUCUCUGUAUUUACUGGACUUUUCCACACGAAACACAAACUGGCACAAAGUUCAACAUCAGCACAAAUAAAACAGGAAACUUGAAUUCUCAUUUUAUUUAGUUUAUUUAUUUUAUUUAUUUUAAAGCCAGUAUGAUGCAAAUUUUGAACUCUGCUCUGCUGUCGUUUCCUGGACUCGUGUUUUGUUUCAUUCACAUGUUUAACUCACAAACCUGCACAUUUAACACAAGAAAACGCUUUGUUCCACCUUGUGAUGUCAUCGUGUGGUGAUACAGGAAGUGCUCCACUGUGUUUUUAAACUCCACACACCUUCACUAGAAUCACCUGGAUCAUUUCAGUCGUGGAGUCGCAGAAUCUCGACUGAACUAAAAGGGAAAAGGAAACUACCACUUCAUGACAUCACAAGGUGGAACUGGUUUAGACCUGGUUUAGACCUGGUUUAGACCUGAUAUUGUCCUGAUUUAGACCUGGUCUAACUACGACUUUGUGACAUCACAAGGUGGAACAGAGAGUUUGGAGUUUUGCAGAUGAAACAGACGAAUAAUAAAGUUUUAGUCAAACAUGUGAAUGAAACAAACACAAGUCCAGAUCUGUUUUUGAGGAGGAAAUAUUAAAACAUUAGAACCUGGUUUAAAGUUCAGUCAGGUUUAAGAAGCUGUAAAGAAAAAGAAAGAAACUGCACAUUUUUUUUAUCCUGCAGAUUCACAGACGCUUCUUUUUCCUCCGUCCCAAAAAUCACACACUUCAGUCUGAUGAUGUCACAAAGUGAACCUGAGCUGCUCCUCUGUCCCGGCACAAACCGAUGAUGUAACAAAGUCCAAAGCCAGAAAGAAAAAGUAAAUGUGUUAAAAUGGUUCUUUUCUUUUCACUUUUCACUCUUCACCUUCUGCCUUCGACCGGCUUCUUAAGUGCAAUUAUGUUUGUGUCUGUUCAGAAUCUGUUUUUCAUGACAAUUCAUAUUUGAGCCUCUUUAAACUGGAAAAAGGUCUGGAUUUCAUUCUUCUAUAAUCUGUCCAUGACAUGCUGUUUGCAGAUAACCUACGUAAUAAAUAAAGACAACAACCUUUUCAGUA